UAUAUAAAUAUAAUCAAGUGGCUGGACUGUUUUUCUUCUCUUCACUUUCUUCAACUCUUCUUCUAUUCUUCUUCAAUUCUCUCCAGAUUUUAGCUGUUCCAUUACACAUACCUUAUCUUGGUUUCUUCUGGUCUUAUAAUUAAUAUAUCUCCAGUUAUCCAGCUAGUAUAUUUUGAGUUAAAUUCUCUAUUUUUUGGGAUCAUUUUCAGUUAUUGUAUUUGAGAGCAGAAAAUUGAAUAGUUUGUUCUCUUCUGGUUAAUCUUUGUUUGUAGACUCAAUUCUUCACUUUAUAGAGUACAAAUUAUAUUGAUGAUUAUGGCAGCUUCAAAUUUAUCGAAUCCGAUGUUCUUUGGAGGAGGAGGAGGAGAAGAAGAUCAGAGCCAGAUGACACAACAACAAUAUUCUGCUAUACCUACUUCAUCAACACCUCCAGCAACAGCACAGAAGAAAAAGAGAAAUCUUCCCGGAACUCCAAAUCCAGAUGCAGAAGUGAUUGCGCUAUCUCCCAAGACACUAAUGGCAACAAACCGGUUCAUUUGCGAGGUAUGUAACAAAGGGUUUCAAAGAGAGCAGAACUUACAACUUCAUCGAAGAGGACACAACCUUCCUUGGAAGCUAAAACAGAAGUCUACAAAAGAAGUGAAGAGGAAAGUUUACCUUUGUCCCGAGCCCACUUGCGUUCACCAUGAUGCUUCGCGUGCUCUUGGAGACCUUACUGGUAUCAAAAAACAUUUCUCUCGUAAACAUGGAGAGAAGAAAUACAAGUGUGACAAGUGCUCUAAGCGAUAUGCUGUGCAAUCGGAUUGGAAGGCUCACUCGAAAACAUGUGGCACUAGAGAAUACAGAUGUGACUGUGGUACUCUCUUCUCAAGGCGUGACAGUUUCAUCACCCACAGAGCGUUUUGCGAUGCACUGGCUCAAGAAAGUGCAAGGCACACUCCGAACCUCAGUACCCAUAUCUUUGGAAGCAAUGCCAUGAAUCUGAACCUAUCUCAAGCCCAAAUUCCUUCCAACAAUAUGUUAGGGCUAGGAGGUAGUGGAGCCAAAUUGGAGCAGCUUUCAAGUUCCUCCUCAUUAUUCGCUUCUCAAGCGCCACGAUCCCCCUUCUUCAUGCCACCACCUGAUUCACACCAAGGGACGUUUCAAGACCAGCAAAACAAGCAAUUUCACGGGCUAAUGCAACUACCUGAUCAUCUUCAGCCGAAUACUAACAACUCCCCUUCCGCAGCCUCGAAUAUGUUCAAUCUCAGCUUCUACUCAAACAGUAGCACUGCAAACAGUAUAAGCAACAGUACUAGUGAUAAUAAUUCAAGCUUCUUGAUGCCAGAUCAUCAGUACGGACACGAAGGAAACACGAGCAUCUACUCAGGUAGCAAUACACAUUACAACAGUACUAGUCAUGAUCAUCAAAAGCAAACCGCAGCGCCUAUGUCAGCAACUGCAUUGCUUCAAAAAGCUGCUCAAAUGGGCUCCACCACAAGCAACCCAAGCGCUACUCUGCUGAAAGGAAUCAGCAGCAGCAGCAGCUCAUCUUUAAGUAGUGCCAAUAAGUUCCAAAGGGGUUUCAAUAGUAUUGGAAACCCCGAAAAUGAAAACCAACAGCUUGAAGGCCUAAUGAAUUCUUUCGCAAACGGGCAUCCAAACUCUAUAUAUGGUCAUCAACAUGAUAAUACUUUUGCAGGGUUUGGGGGGAAUGCUAUGAGAUUGGAGCAUCAACAAAAGCGAAACUUCGGAAACAUGGAGGAAGCUGUAGCAGCAGGGAAGAUGAACCAGAAUUUUUCAGCAAGUAUGGGAGGGUCUGCGGAUGAUAGAUUGACAUUAGAUUUUCUUGGCAUCGGAGGGAGAGUUAGAAAAAUGAGUGAUGCAUUCUCACAGAGAGAGCAGCAAACUGUUGGAGUAAGUGAAAUGAGUUCUUUAGAGCAUCCGAAAACGGGCCCUUCAUCACAGGCAAGGCAUGUGUUUGGAAGUCCAGCAUUGCAGUGAAAGAUUGGUUAUGUCUCUGUAAGAGCGCAAGGAGGAUGAAGAGCCCGGAGAAGUUCUUUCGCAUGAUCUUGGAAUUAAUUAACGCAUAUCAAACUUUUACAUUUUGUUUGUAAUUUGAAUUUUAUUUUCUUUGAGUUGGAUGAAUGUAGUAUCAGUACUUUAUA